AUGUCGUCGUCCUUUAAGCGCGCGGUCAUCUUUGCCGCAUUUCUCCUCACAGCCUUCUACUUCCUCCACACGUCACAUUCCUCCGCAAAGGGCGUCGUGCCUCCGACAAGACCGCAAUACGCCGAUAAGGACAAUGCCGGCAAAGACACAGCUGCCUCCUCCUCCUCCUCUACCUCUUCGAAAAACCCGGCCACGGGCCACGACACUCCGACCGUCCAAAAGGUCAUCCAGGACAUGUCCAAGAUGACCACCUACGAGAAGCUCGCCUACCAGUACCCCUACGACGUCGAGACCAAGUUCCCAGCCUUCAUCUGGCAGACGUGGAAGACGACCCCGGCCGACGGCAAGUUCGACUUCCGCGACCAAGAGGCAAGCUGGACGGAGCUCCACCCGGGCUUCAUCCACGAGGUCAUCACCGACCAGGUCGCCGUGCACCUCCUGCGGCUGCUCUACGCAUCCGUCCCCGAGGUCCUCGAGGCGUACCACGCGCUGCCCCAACCCGUGCUCAAGGCCGACUUCUUCCGCUACCUGAUCUUGUUCGCCCGCGGUGGCAUCUACUCGGACAUUGACACGUACGCGAUACAGAGCGCGCUGAGCUGGAUCCCGCCCACCGUCCCCCAGACCAGCAUCGGCCUCAUCGUCGGCAUCGAGGCCGACCCCGACCGGCCGGACUGGGCAGACUGGUACAGCCGGCGCAUCCAGUUCUGCCAGUGGACCAUCCAGGCGAAGCCGGGCCACCCGGUGCUGCGGGACAUCAUCGCCCGGAUCACCAAGGAGACCCUGAAGCGCAAAAAGGAAGGCGGCCCGUUCAUCUCCAAGGACAAGAGCGUCGUCGAGUUCACGGGCCCCGCGAUCUGGACAGACGUGAUCUUCGAUUACUUCAACGACCCCAAGUUCUUUGACAAGUCGAGCUCCAAGGGAGACAUCACCUACAAGCACUUCACGGGGAUGACCACGUCCAAGAAGGUCGGCGAUGUCGUGGUGCUGCCGAUCACGAGCUUCUCGCCGGGCGUGCAGCAGAUGGGCGCCAAGGAGUACGACGAUCCGAUGGCGUUUGUUAAGCACGACUUUGAGGGAACAUGGAAACCCGAGAGCGAGCGGCACAUCGGUGAGAAGAAAGAAGAAGACGAGAAGGAUGCAGGCAAGAAGGACGGAGGCAAAAAGGCUUAA